GAUUUCCAAGGGCUUCAAAGACAGCUCUCGCAGCAUUCUGUGUUGCCCCUCUUAAGUGACAUUUAGUAUCUACUGGUCUGCAUGAGUUAUUUUAAAUAAUGACAUUGACAUGGACCAGGGCGCGGCCAGGUCCAUACGCGUGGCCGUGCGUGUCCGCCCGCUUCUGCCAAGCGACGGUGUCAGUACUGGUACUGAACUAUUGCAACUAGACCGUUCGAAUGGAGUCGUCUUGUCCAGCAGCAGCGACCGCCGUGGGGGACGGCGCUACGCCUUCGACUCGGUGUUCGGGCCAGAUGUGCUCCAGGAUGACCUGUACGUGCGGGCAGGUGUGCCGGAGAUGGUGGCGGCCGCGGCCGCGGGCUUCCACGCAACAGUGUUCGCAUACGGCCAGACCGGGUCGGGAAAGACGUACACGAUGGAGGGCUACCGCUACGUCGGAGCGUCUGGGGCUGGGGCUGCGUCUGGGGCUGGAGCGGCGGGAAGCCCCGCCGGCAAGGCCGGCGCUGCGCGCAGCGUGCCGCAUGCGGACUUCUCCUCGACGCCUGUGGCGCAGCUGGGCAUCAUCCCGCGCGCGGUGCGGGACCUGUUUGCGGCGAUGCACAAGAGCCGCGACAGGCACUACACCAUCAAGUGUUCGUUCGUGCAGAUCUACCGGGAGCAGGUGUACGACCUGCUCAACCCGGCCAGUCUCACGCCGGGGCAGCAGCAGCAGCGGGGCCUCGCUGGAGGGGCGGGGGCAGGUGCUGCAGGUGUGGGCGGGCCGCUGAAGCUGCGCUGGUCCAAGGCGGAGGAGUUCUACCUGGAGAACCUGUUCAUGCCCGAGGUGGAGACUGCGGAGGAGGCUAUGGCGGCCUUUCAGACGGGCGUGGCGAACAAGGUCAUGUCCUCCCACCGCCUCAACGCCGCCUCCAGCCGCUCCCACUGCCUGUUCACACUGCACGUGAGCUCCAGCCCCGCCGCCUCCCGCCUGGAGCUCACCAGCUCGCGCCUCACACUCGUGGACCUGGCCGGCAGCGAGCGGGCCGCUCACACGGGCGCCACAGAGGGCGCCCUGCGAGACGAGAGCGUGGCCAUCAACAAGUCCCUGUUCACGUUGCGCCAGGUCAUCACCGCGCUCACUGACGCAGCCGCGUCCGCAGCAGCGGCACAAGUCACCGCGGCCUCCAGCACUGCCUCCGCUGAGGGCGCGCCUGCGCAGCCGGCGGCCCCGCAAGCCCGGACCGCUCCCCCGCACAUCCCCUACCGCGACUCCAAGCUGACGUGUCUGUUGAAGCACUCGCUGGGUGGCAACAGCUGGACGCUGAUGCUGGCGUGCCUUAGCCCCGCCGACCGCUUCUACGAGGAAAACGCCAGCACCCUGGACUACGCCGCGCGGGCGAGGAAGAUUACCAACCAGGUGGCUGUGAACGAGGACCCGCGCAGCCGCCUCAUUCGGGAGCUGCGGGAGGAGGUUACGUUCCUGCGCCAGCAGCUGGAGGCGGCGGGGGCGGGGGCGGGAGUAGGCACGGGGGCAGACGCAGCAGCUGUGCCCGACACUGCGCCACGGAUUGCAGGAGCAACAGCAGCGGCAGCAUCUGGAGGAGGUGGAGGAGGCGGAGCGCGUGGCGCGGGGGCCAGCGCCGCGCCGGGCAAAGGCGGCGUGUCGGGCCAAGGCAGAGGGGCGGUUGGAGCUGUGGGCGGCCUGGCGGCAGCGGACGAGGACGAGGAGGCGGUGGCUAAGCGGCUGCGGACGUCGGACGUUGAGGCACUGGUCCGCUCCGUGAUCGAGGCCAGCCGCGUGGCUGUGUCCUCCGCCGCCGCACUGGCAGGCCUGCGGGCCGCCUACGCGCGCACCUCCUCGGCGCUGGAGGCGCUACGGGCGGAGCACGAGUCGCUGCAGGCGGAGGACGUGCGGCUGCGGGACCGGCUGGCGCUGCUGGAGUCACUGGUGGGAGCAACAGGGGCCGGCGCCGGAGGCGGCAUCAACAUACUGGGUGGCGGCGGCACAGGCAGCGGUGGUGGUGACGAUGGCGGUGGAGGUGGGGCAUACACGGCCUCCACCGCGGCGUUCAUCGAGCUGGAGGAGCUGCGCAGGGAGAAUGCUUUGCUGCACGAGCGGCUUCAGCUGCUGGACCCCGGGGGGACUCCGCCGCCGCCACCUCACACACCAGGCGGCGGCGGCGGUGUUGGCCUGCUGGGCCGCUCCGGUGGGCCGACAAGCGGCCGCGGGACGCCGCGGCGGCCGGGCACAGGCGCGUCAGGAGGCAUGCCGCCGCGUGGCUCGCCCGCAUACGCGUCUCCGCACUCGGCCGCACCUCGCGGGCUGAACCGGGCCCACUCAGCGGGUGUGCUGCGGGCGUCUGGGCGGCUGCCUACCGCCGCGGCGUCAGCUGCCGCAAACCCCUUUACGCCGCGUGAGGUGCUACUCGCCGUGGGCGCCCCGGGGCCCGGCGCAGUCCCGGGCUCGUUCACGGGAGCGGGGCGGCCGCCGCUGACGGCUGGCGGCGGCAGCGGCCGGACG